UCCUCCAUUCCAGUGACUGACUGUUCUAGAAUCUCUCUGCGGCUACCCUUCAGUCUCUGGUCUUCUGCGCUCGAAUCACGGGAUCUGUGUAUACAGAGCAGGAGACCCCCGGUUCUCUUCUCAGAGAAGUCGCUCUGGCUCUGGGCAGGGAGGUGUUUCUCAAAACCGACUUCUUGCAUUACAUUUCACUCGCUCUACCUCGUUCCUCUUUUGGUUUUAUUCACCAGUGGGAAGUGGCUGAAGGAGGAAGUGCCAGGGUGAGUGAGGGAAAUCGGAGUACCCAGGAGACGCAGGAGUGGAGCAUGUAGCCUGUCCUCGCAGACAGGCUCCACCAAGGCAGAGGGGCGUGAGAAGAUGCACCUGGCGCUGCUGGUCCUCGUCCUCUCCUGGAUCUCAGGCUGCUCCACCGCUCAGAAUGCAAUCACAGGUCCAAACAUGGUGAGCGGUCAUGAGCGGGGCUCCUUGACUGUGCGGUGCCGUUAUCACUCCAAGUGGAAGAAUUACAUGAAGUACUGGUGCCGAGGAGCUGAUUGGAGCGCAUGUGAGACUCUGGUUAAAACGGAUAUGGAGCAGCUGGUGAAGAAGGACCGUGUGUCCAUCAGGGAUGACCAGACAGACUUCGUCGUCACAGUGACCAUGGAGGAGCUGAGGAUAAGCGACGCUGGCGUUUACUGGUGUGGGAUUGAGAGAACUGGAUUUGAUCACAAAUUUAAAGUUAAUGUGAACAUUGGCCCAGCACCCACUACAGUAUUGACCACGCUCCCCAUCACCUCCACCACCACCAUGUUCACAGAGAUCGUUGCUACAAACACCACCACGUUCUCAACGAUGACCAGCUACUCUGAUGACAGUUCUGUCGGUGACAGCGGUGACAGCGGUGACGACAGCGGCAACCGCGGAGGCGGUGAUGUUCUGGGUCUCAGUGUGCUCCUUCCGGUCAUCUCUGCGGUGCUGUUGCUUCUCCUGCUGGUGACCUCACUCUUUGCUUGGAGGAUGAUGAGGAGACAGAAGAAAGCUGCUGGGCCACACUCAGAGCAGGUGUCGCCGUCUCUGGAGGGUGACCUCUGUUAUGCAAACCUGUCCCUUCAGCAGCCCAGACCCUCCUCUCAUAAAAAAGGUUCCUCCAUGGCCUCCUCUGGCGAGGCCCACCAAGAGGAAGUGGAAUAUGUCACCAUGGCUCCCUUUCCCAGGGAGGAGAUUUCCUACGCAGCUCUGUCUCUGGUGGCCUUGGGUCAGGAGCCCAUUUACAACAACACUGGCUCCCUCGUCACCCGCCUUCCCAGCUCCAGCCUUGAGGAGUCCACACAAUAUAGCAGCAUCAAGAGGCCCUAGGCUGUGGCCAUGCCUUGAUCUUGGUCCCUGAAGAAGGCCUGGGAGCAGGUCCCAGCACUUCUGCCUCCGUGCCUGCUUCCUUGCCAGGCCUAAGGGGUGGCUUGAGCUCUGCCCAUUCAGCCCUCAUGGCCGUGAGCCCUGCCCAUUCAGCCCUCAUGGCCAUUAGCUCCGCCCACUCAGCCCUCAUGGCCGUCAGCUCUACCUCAAGCCUGGAGCCCAGCCUCGGGACUCCAGGGAACCCAGUGUCUUUCUCUGUCUCCUCUUAUAGUCAAGGUACCUUGGAAGGUGCACGGGGAGGCUGCUGCAGGGAUGCUGUGUAAAUCAUAACAGUGAUAACAAUAGGAAUAAUAGCAAUUAACCUCUAUUUAUUGUUUAUCAUAUGGCCCCCAAAGACAUUUUCAUCCUAAUGCCCAUAAUCUGUGAAUUCUUAUACACUGAGAGACACAGGUGCAUUUUGCUUAAGUUAGGAUUUUGAGAUGAUUUUAUAUUAUCCAGGUAGGCCCAAAAUAAGAUCACAAGGGUUCCUCUAAGGAGGAAUAGAGCAAGAAAAAAAAAGAGAGAGAGUGAGAAAGAGAAAAGAAAAAAUUCAUGACAGGAACAGAACACAAGGGAUGCAGGAAGAACAAAGACCCAAGGAAGGCAAAUAUCAAAUUGUCUCUUGGGUGAGACCUCCAAUGGGAGUUAGACCUCCAAGAGGAGUUAGGCCUGAGCUGAAUUUGAGUCUGGAAUUGCCUGUACUGCUGGUUUUCAGAAAUGUAAAAUAAUAAACUUUGUUGCUUUUUA